AUGCAGCACUUAAAGUAUAUUUGACUCAUUUUACUUUAAAUCUUUUAGCUUUCACCAGCACAUCAGUAUCAGAAGUCACAUCCUGAGUGGCGGCCAACUUCAGGAUGUGAUUCAAGAUCUUGUGUGAGCCUUGGGUGCAGCUUUGUUUUAUUUAUACUCGUUACAGAGGAAACUUGCUCACAAAGAUAAGUUUAUUUUCACUCUACAUUGUAAAGUAUGAAAAUAAAGUUUACAUAACCAUCUCGCGGGCCGAAUUUAACUCAUUUGCGAGCCGGAUCCGGCCCGCGGGCCGCAUGUUUGACACCCCUGACUUAGUGGUUAAUGUCAGUCUUUUUAUUAUCACAUUUCUGUCUGCAUUUGGUCAGGAUGCCCUGUUGGAGUCCCUGCGCAACAAAUUCAAAAAGGAAAGAAUUCCCCUGAUCAGCAACAGUGAAGUAGCAAAAAUGAGGAAGAAAUUCUCAUUACCAAAUGGUGGAAGGAAGCUAAGAGCAGAGUCAGAGGGCAGUGACCCUUCUGUGAAAAAAAUCAGGGCUACCUUGGAGAUGCACGAUGGAGAAGCUGAUGGAGAAGAUGAGCACAGCAUUCAACACCAUAAAGAAGCAAUGAAAAAAGAAGCUCUGAAACAGACGCCCAACUAUGACCUCAUAAUUAAUGGAAUGGUUAAGACGCAAAAAUACAGGGCAAACUUUAUUCAGGAACACUCGACAGCUGCAGUCCUGGAGGAGUUCCCUUAUCUACGCCAUCCAUUCUUGAUUCUAGAGGAAGUGAAGCUCAUCAGCAAAGUGGACGUGGAGAAACGCAUAGUCACCAACUUUGCCAAGAUGUCCCAAAAAAUUGUUGACAAGGCUCCUAAAAGUGCCCUCAAGGACAAGUGUUUGGCUGGGCUUGAUGCCUCAGAGACAGAGGAGGAAAGAAGAGGUCAGAUUGUCAACACUGCAGUGCUUCUACUACCUUCUGUCUUCAAAGAGGACCCACAGCAGCUAUUUGUCAUUGACAAGGAUCCAGUGUUUCCAACACCAACUGUUGUCCUGACAGGCUGCAGGGACGAAAACCCACUGCAGAGUGAGGCCAUCACUGUGAAGAUGGAUAAUGAAGAGAUACUCCUUGAUGAUGGCAGUGUGGACAUCUCCCUUGCCCUGGCUGUUACUUUUUGUCUUUACCACAUCUUCCAAGUUCAGUAUCCCAAAAACUUGAGAAAGACUGUUUCCUUUCUGGAAACUUUUGUUUUCGAAAUGAAGGGUUCUGUUCCAAUUGCUGUGCAAAGGUUUUAUAAUUCACUGUGAAAAGCAAGCCUGGCACUGUCUGUUAUGGUUUUCCGUUUGUUCUGUCAAUGUGAUUUUGCAAAUGUGUUCAACUCGAGUUGCUCUUUACCGUCACUAUUUUUCCAGCAUUAUAAAAAAAAAUUCAGCACUUUAUAAUACCUUUUUGCCUUGCAUAGGAUUAUAUUAUGUCUGCUUGUUUACACUGUUUGUUCGCAGUGCAUGGCCCAUGAAGUGACUUACAUCACAAGACAUUUAAGAUGGCGCCUGUAAACUUGCGUGACAGAGCUUUCUUGCUUGAGAAGUUACUACUUUCCUGAAGCAAAUAAAUUGGCUGCAUAUUGGAACCUUGCAGUAUGAGUUCUUUUUUUGACUUUCACCUGCUUAAGAUUUUUGGUACAGAUGUGGGUAGGGACUUUCUUUGAGAAUGUCAAUUUUAUACAUUUUUAUGAAAAAAUUAGAUCGUUGUACCUUUUUUAAUGGCACAGUUAAGCGAUUUGCAUUCAAUUGUUUGCUUUGAAGGACAUGUUAUAUGAUCAGUUUUUGUUCUGGUGUUUAAUUUUGUGGAAAUAAUUUUUUCAAGAAAUGUAGAAACAAGAAACUUCCCUUUAUAACCUCUAAAACAAAGUUUUGUCUGGGUGUAAAUGAAAACAUUUGACAGGAAUGAAACAGUGAUUUAAUGUAAUUGGGUCCAAAAUUUCCUUUUUGGUUUAAUUACUGCACUUAAAUUGAUAAUUUCUGAUUAAAACACCCAAAAAAACUUUUUCUGAAGCACCCAAAUGAAUUAGUUCUUCAGAGAACCCCUUGAUAAAUGGUUAUUUAAGGAACCCUAAAAGGUUCUGAUUUUAAGGUUCCACAGAGAAUCUAAUUAUGUUCUUUAAAGAACUUUUUUCGGUUCUCUGAAGCACCCAAUUGAAUUAGUUCUUCAUAGAACCUUUUGAUAAAUGGUUAUUUGUGGAACCCUAAAAGGGUUCCACAAAUAACCAUAUGUGAGGUUCCACAGAGAACCAAAUAAAAGUUCCUCAAAGAACCCAUUUAUAAAUGGUUCUUUAAAGAACCAAUAGGCAAAAGGUUUCUUGGAGAACCGAAGAAGGUUCCCCUAUGGCAUCACUGUGAAGAACCGUCUUUGGUUCUAAC